GAAGUUGAAGAUCAUGCUCAGGAAAGGACCACAUCCAGCUCAAGUUUGAGAAUCUGCAAGGGUGUUCAAAAUGGGCUUUCACAUCCCAUCCUGGGCAACCUGUCCCAGCACCUCACCCCCUUGCUAUGGAGAGGGGGCUUCCCUCUGUCUGAUGGGAAUUUCCCUUUUCACAGCUUGUGGCUGAUACCUCUCAUGCUUUGGCUGUAGCCUCUGAGGGGACUCUGGGCACAGCCCUCCCCACGCAGGCCCAGGGCAGGGAAAUGAUGGCCACCCUUGACCUGGUGGCCCCCUCAGUGUGCAGCCUUUGAACUGCAGUAGUGUCAAGACACUAAACACAUUUAUAUGACACCUUCAACUGACUCAGGAGCAGGUCUGGAGGUGCCACUGGCCGCCCUGGGGCCUGGCAGCCUCACCCCCUGGCUGUGUGCUAGUCCCUGCCAGCCCACAUGGUCACAGUGCCAAAGGAAACCAGGUAGGAAUUUUGGUUGGGUCAGGGUGGAUAACAGUCACUGUCCCCUCAUUCCCAAGGAGUGAUGAACACUUCCCUGGAACAUAUAAGCACCUCCCUGUUUUUAUAUAUCUUUUUGCCUUCCGUUUGCAUUGGAGGUUUGUGAAAGUAAAGACUGAUAAGAUACAGUUAUGUGUCAUAUCACAGCUAGCAGAGCUUUCUUCAGCUAUUUCCAUGAAACAUAUUUUUAUUGUUUUAACUACUUUAUGCUAAUAAACUGGAGGUACUUUGUACACACCAAAUACAAACAAAGUGACGGCACUUGAAAUUGGGGUCCUCCCUGUUGCUGUUGUUCUAAAUCUAAGACUUAACCUAAUUUCCUAAAUCAAACAAACCAUGAGAUAAAAGGAGCACUAUGAGCAUGAGUCCAGCUGUGACAAGGCACAUUGCCAGCCAUGUCAGGUGUGGGAACCACUGGUGUGAUGAGAACUGCCUGAGGGCAGGACUACGGGGUGAGCACUGCCUGAGCAGUGUCAUCACUCUGGUAUCCAAACUGCUGGUAUUUGGGUAGAAGGGUCAAAGCUCAGAUGAGAAGAUUCUGUCCAAGAAGCACUGAAUGGAGAAGAAAUAGAGCUGUAGAGUCACAAGGAGGACUUGUGGUGGAAGGCCACCUCCAUCUGGAUAACAGUAUGGCCUAGGAAAUGGCAUAUGAAACCCCAGGGUUGGGUAAAGGUGUAAAUAGAUUUGGAAUCCAUAAAAUCUAUGUUAAAGAAAAAACUGCCAUUCUAGUCAGCUAGUUUGAGGCAUUGCCUAAUGCUGACAGAUAAUCUUUAAAGCAGUGCAGAGAUAGCUGCAUACUGAGAGCAUUGAUCUUUUUGUAAUCUUUUGUGGCAUUUCACUAUGAUCCAUAAAACAGUUACAAAAAGCUGCAUACAUUAGGGCAUGGGUUCUUUAUUGCCUCUUCUCCAUCCUUUGGCCAGCAGCUGUGGCUCUGCAGAAGAACAUGUACAGCCAGUAAUUGUGAUGCCAUGCACACUGCAAGGUUGCUCAUGUAUAUCUGUCAUAUGAAAUUCCCCCAAUUCUUGCUAUUACAUAGAGAAAUUAAUUUCUGUAAAUAACAGUUUGUUCUAGAGUUCAAGAUGUUUCCAUUUCUACAAAGAAAUAAUAGGACCUCACCCUUUGAGAGAGUUACUGGCACUCUGUGAGGGAUAGAAGGCACAUAAUUAUGCACUAUCUACAACUGUCCAUGAGCUCUACCUUAAGAGAAGCCACUUAAAGCUCAGGUUACUCUGUAAGUACCUGGAGCUGGCAGCAGCUCCUGUGUACACUGGCUGGCCAGGACAUGGCCUGCAGCCAUCACAGUAGUUUCACACAGAUCCCUAAACAGCAUGGGAAAGUGCCAUCCUUCAGUAGCAGCUCAAACAAUGUACUUGGAGUGGUGACAGAGCCUCUCCCUGGUGGUUUUCUCUAGAGCUGUGCAAGGCAAUUUUAAGAUUGUGUGUAUUUUUGUUAAUGUUCAGGUGUCACAAUACUUUGGUACAGUUUGGGAAAACAACAAACUACAGUUAUUGUUCAUGAAGUGCAUUAAUGCAUUCUAGAAAGCACAGAUUUGGAGAAUAUAGGCCCCAUUUCAAGUUUCUUUUAAGCUCACUGUUUCAGACAAAAUAGCUCAGACAUGUAACAAACUGGCAGGAAGUCAUAGCAGGGAAUAUAUGAUUAAGGAAACUAAAUAAACCCAUUUCCAUGAAUACUCAGUGGGUAUUCAAUGGGUAUUGCCCAUGUGUCCUUGCCAAUACUACAGUCCAGGGCUUGGAAAGCAGCAAUGUGGAAAUCCCGAUGUUACUGUGUUGGCCAGCCAGGAAUAUUCAUGUAGUAAUUUGGUGUUGGUGCAGCUUGUGACCCAGCUCCUGUGAGCUUGCCACAUUGAAAUGAAUCUGGCUGGCUCAGCCCACCUCCCUCUGCCCCCAGGCUGGGUUUAUUAAAUUGGAGCACAGCAAACGCAGAGUUUCUGUAGGUAACAAAAGUUAUCUACAUUUGACUUUCCUCAUUUCACAACCCACACUCCUACCCCUAAAACUACAUACGCUUCACCCACAGAACCAUUACCUCAUAGCCCUUUUAUUUCCUUUUCUUUUAGACUGAAUCUUUUAUGUGACUUUAAAAAAACCAGAAACUAUUCCCCAGCACACUGUUAUCUCCGGUUGUAGUACCCGGAAGGAGUGCUGGGGCCAAAUCGGGCACGAUGGAAUUUGCUGUGGGGAAACCCGCUGAUGACACUGGAACCCGCCCGUGUGUGAAUUCCCGUGGCUGCUGGCACCCCUUUAUAAGCAGGUGGAGGUGCGGCAGGGCUGGCAGGAGCAGCAGGCACUGACUGGAGCACAGCUGUGUGUGCAGAGGGAAUGACUGGCUGCAGCAGCAAGAGCAUGGUCCUGCUGUCCCUGCUGGGGCUCCUGGCGCUGCUCCUGUGGGGCUCCUCGGAAGCACAAAGCAACCAGGAUUGCUGCCUGUCCUACACCAAAGUGCGUCUGCCUCGCUGGGCCCUGAAGGGUUACACUGAACAGCUCUCCAGUGAGGUCUGUGACAUCCCUGCCAUCAUUUUCCACACUGCCAGUGGGCUGAAGGCUUGUGUAAAUCCUAAGGAAGGUUGGGUGAAGAAACAUCUCCUUUUCCUGAGCCACAGGCUCAGGAAGAUGUCAUCCUGACAGGGUUUCCAGCAAGGAGCUGAGCACAGACAUGGCUGAGGCUCUCAGCUGAGAUGGUUUGUGCACUGUUGUGUCUCACUCCCCUCCACCUCCUUCCUUGGAACCAAUGAACCUCUUGAGUUGAUUCAUCGUGCAUCGCUCUUCUGCCUGAGCUAAAGCAUGUUGUUAAAGUUUCUAAUUUUACAAAACAUGUAUGUUACUGAUAGGACAUGGGUACUGUUUUGUAAAGUCUACCUUGAGCUGUUGUACAGAGUGUGAAUUUUAUUAAGUUUAUUUCAUGUUGGUUUUGUUUUCUUAAGCAUGUGUAAAGCAGGUUAUUUAUUCUGUUUAUAUUGUUAUUGUCUUAUACCAAAAUGUUUUCAUUAAGCCUUAGUUAGCAUUAUACCUCUUGAACUAUGGUUAAACACAUUUGUAGAAAAAAAAGAUAACUGGAGAUUAAAAAAAAAAUAUUAAAAUCAGCACUUUCUGCGAUA